CAUUUUGUGUUGCCUCAUGCAGUAUCAGAAGAUGUAGUGUUCAACAAUUAUUUGGUGCCUAAAAAUGGGACUGUCAACUUCAUGGUGGCAGAGAUGGGUUGGGACCCUAAUGUGUGGGAGAGUCCUAUGGAGUUCAAGCCGGAGAGAUUCUUGAACAGUGAGAAAAAUGGAGAAGCAUUCGAUAUCACGGGGAAGAAAGAGAUAAAGAUGAUGCCAUUUGGGGUAGGAAGAAGAAUGUGUCCUGGCUAUAAUCUAGCUAUGCUGCUUUUGGAAUAUUUUGUGGCCAAUUUGAUCUGGACUUUUGAAUGGAGAACUUCAAAUGGAGCCGAAGUUGAUCUGACAGAGAAAGAAGAAUUCACUGUAGUGAUGGAAAAUCCAUUACAAGUCUCUGUAUCUCCUAGGGCUUGAGAUCAAUCAAGUUAUGGCUUUCUGUGUUAUAGAGGUGAUUAUA